AUGUUCUGUCCCCAUGGUCGGAAGAAGAGCCCACCUGGUCUCCUGCGCCGCCGCCUCCCCCCCAUCGCCGCAGCGGCGAGGACCCACGGCCGCGUCAUCAAGACCGGUGCCGCCGCCGCCGCCGCUGGCGUUUACAUCUGGAACACUAUCUUGACGUCCUACGCCAGAUGGAGCGGCCUCGCCGACGCGCAGAAGCUGUUCGACGAAGCGCCGGAGCGGGACGCCGUCACAUGGAACUCGCUGAUCGCUGCUCAAGUCUCCCACGGCGCGCACGACGGCGCGUGGGAGCUCUUCGCGGCCAUGAUGAGCAGGGGGCUGGCCGUCGACCAGUACACCUGCGGAAGCGUCCUCAAGUCGGCCGCCGGCGCCGGCGACGUGCACCGCGGGCGGCAGCUCCACUCGGUGUUGGUGAAGGCAGGUCUCGAGGGGAACGUCUUCGCCGGCAGCGCGCUGCUGGACAUGUACUCUAAAUGCAGCCUCGCGGAGGAUGCUUCAUCCAUCUUCUCGUCGAUGCCGGUGAGGAAUGUGGUGUCGUGGAAUGCGAUGAUUUCCAGCCGUGCCCUCGCCGGCGAUCGUUCGGCGGCGUUGCAGCUGUUCAAGCAGAUGGAGAGGAAAGGGGUGGCGCCCGACGAGGCUACAUUCGCGACCAUCCUCGCAAUACUGGACCAGCCCGCCUGGCAUAGCUUGACCUCGCUGCUUCAUGCCAAAGUCAUCAAAUCCGGCUGGGCGCUGGACACCAUCGUCUGUAACGCGGCCAUCACGGCGUACGCGCAGUGCGGCUCUAUCGGCGAUUCUCGAAGAGUAUUCCUGGAGAUGGCAACCAUCAGAGAUCUGGUUUCCUGGAACUCUAUGCUGGCGGCUUAUGCAUGCGACGGCCUCGUAGGUCAUGCGCUCGAGCUGUUCGCCGAAAUGCUGGGACUAGGUGUCGGGCAGGAUGUGUACACUUUCACCAGCGUGAUCAGUUCCUGCUUCGAGGAGGGACCGCAGCACGGCCAUGGCCAUGGGAGGGCCGUACAUGGGCUGGCGGUAAAGCGGGGAUUGGCGGGGAGGACCCCAGUUUCCAACGCGUUGAUCUCCAUGUACAUCAAGUCCGACCAUGAGGGGAGCAUCAGGGACGCAGUGAGAUCCUUCGACUCGAUGGAGAAGAGGGACAACGUCUCGUGGAAUUCCGCCCUGACGGGCCUGUCACAGCGGGGCCUCGGUGAGGAAGCCAUGAAGUUCUUCUGCAGAAUGCGCCGUGGAUGCCCGGAGAUCGACCACUACGCCUUCUCUGCCGCGCUCCGGUCCUGCUCCGAUCUCGCCGCCCUGGAAUUAGGGCAGCAGGUCCACGCCCUCCUCGUGAAAUCUGGCUCUGCGUCGAAUGCUUUCGCCGCGAGUUCCCUGAUAUGCAUGUACUCCAGGUCCGGGGCCAUUGACUCCGCGAGGAGGAGCUUCGACGAGUCGAGCAGAGACAGCUCGGUGACUUGGAACUCCAUCAUCUUUGGAUACGCUCAGCACGGGCAAGCUCGGAUCGCUCUUGAGCUCUUCUCCCUGAUGCAGGAGCGAGAGGUCAAACCAGAUCACAUCACCUUCGUGGCGAUUCUCUCUGCAUGCAGUCACAUCGGCUUGGUGGAGGAAGGGAGGAAGAUCCUGGAGGCCAUGGUGUCCGUUUAUGGGAUGGAACUAAGGAUGGAGCAUUACGCCUGCGGGGUGGAUCUUUUCGGCCGAGCAGGGCGUCUCCACGAAGCCCAGAAGCUCAUCAGCUCGAUGCCCUUCAAGCCGAACGCCAUGGUUUGGAAGCCUCUGUUGGGGGCCUGCAGGAUCCAUGGCGAUAUGGAGCUGGCGGCGCGUGUGGCCGGCCAGCUGCUAACGCUGGAGCCGGAGGAGCAUUCUACUUACGUUCUUCUUUCAAACAUAUACGCCGCCUCUGGGAGGUGGGGAGAGAGAGCCAUGAUUCAGAGGACCAUGAGGGAGGGGAGGGUGAGCAAGGUUCCAGGUUGGAGCUGGAUCGAGGUGAAGAACAGAGUUCGUGCCUUCAACGCCGAGGACAGAUCCCACCCUGAAGCUGAAGAAAUCUAUCAGACGCUUCAAGAGCUGAUGCAAGUAAUUGCCAUGCCGGAUCAUGAUGAAGAUCUUGAUGAUGCAAUGAAUGAUCUCGAUCCAACUUUGUCACAAGCUCUUCCCCCAUUAAUCCAGCAUGAUUUUCAGUGCUGUGAUUAG